CUCCGGACGACAUGGAUUCGUUUUCCACUUUGCUUCGUACGUUGUCACCGCUUUUGUUGAUUGCUGUACUCGCUCACGUCGACGGCAGUGAUCCAGUUCGACCGGGGUCUCUUUCAAGAAAGAGUUCUCUAGCUUACGUCCUCGUCGAUGGUUCCUACUCUGACGUCGCCGUCGAGGCUGUUUCCAACAAGGUCGCUCGGGAUACUGAAAGUGGCAAGGACGGACUGAGAAUGAGUCUGAAGAUCGUCGACGUAGAGGCAACAGACGGAGGGUGCGACCUGGUUCAAGAAUUUGCGGCCGUUCAUUUGACUUCAGCGUGCCUGCCUACUAACAUGUCGCAGCUAGCAGCGCCAGUUGUGUCGCUACCUCCACAUUACGCCGGAGGUACGGGGUCGCGUGCGUCGUACUUGAGCUUCUCUUACACCGACAGUUUGGAGCUUCCAGUUCUUCUAGUUGUAGCUAGAAAACUGGAAUGGACAUCAGCGGUGGUCGUUGGCGAAGAUGAUACGUUUGUUGCACGGUUGAUGCGUAGCAGCAGGACAUUCCAGCUAAUGGACGUCGUAACAUUAAAUGAGGAAGCGAAUCCUGAGACUGUUUACUGGAGAAUCCAAAACAUGGAAGCAGACUUCGUGCUUGUUCAUUGUCAUAGUUACAUUUGUUAUCAGCUCGUCGCAAAGUUGUUCUAUCUUCGAAAUGAAAAUGCAGACAGUUUCUCUGCUCCAUGGCUUCUGACUGAAACCCUCACAAAGAGUACUCGACAUGGUACUUUACCAGGACCAGUGAUGCUACAGUCAACAACACUCGGCCUGCAGAAAGCACUACCUAACAGCCCACAAUCUGAUAUCCUCCUAGAAGACAUUCCUUCUCUUGAUGCAUCACAGAGCCAGUGCUAUUAUCUCGAGCACUGUCCAGUCACAAUCAAGCAUCAGCUGCUAGUACUUGACUUCUAUGACUCUCUUGUUGCUGUGUCUCACCUACUGCGACAUGAAAAGAGAUAUUUGAAUCAACGGAAACAACCUCUUUAUCAGUUCAUCAAUUAUGCAAAUCUUCAAGGCAUUAGUGCAACCAUACACUUUGAAAACGCCUUUGAAAGGUCUUACUCAACGUUGUAUGACGUAUUGGACGUUAGCCCGUUUGUUGUUGCGACAAUUGGCGUUUACGAUAGCAGCAGUUCUCAGUGGUUGCACGACUUGAUACCUUUGCGAGAUGAUGUUAAGAGGCCAGGCCGUUAUAGAAGGCAGCUAACGCAAUGUGGCGGUGCUAACGGCGUUUUCAGAGUUACUACAAUGAAGGAGCCCCCUUUUGUUAUAUGGGAUCCAAACAAUACUAUUGCUCCCGGAGAGGUACAUAACGGACCAUACGCUGGUAUGGUUGUUGAUAUGAUGGAGGCGAUAUCUAAAGAUAUUGGUUUUGAGUACAAAAUGUAUGAACCUGAAGAUCUCAAGUAUGGAACUGUUGAUGCGAAUGGUGUUGGUACGGGAAUGGUUGGCGAACUGAUGAGAUGUGAAGCCGACGUGGCAGCGGCUGCCUUUGCAAUUACUGCCACUCGUUCUAAGUCCAUACACUUUACUAAGCCAUACAUUGAUGCUGGGAAGACACUACUAGCAUACAAAGGAGAGGCAACCAGUUCCGACAUAUGGGCGUUUCUGGAUCCAUUUGACUUCACCACAAAACUUGUUAUCGUUUUCUGUUUCAUCGGUGUUUCUAUCAUCUACCUUAUUCUGAGCAAAAUCAGUCCUUACAAUAAAAGUCUGAAUCCGGAACCGAAGGGUACACGUCGACGAUCGGGAGAGUCGGUAUCCGACAAUUCGCUGUGGUUUUUCUACACUACCGCCAUGCAGCAAGGCCCGGAUCACAUUCCGUCGUUAUCCGGGAAAAUAAUCGUUGCCGGGUGGUUUUUCUUCUGUCUCGUAAUCAUUGCUACUUAUACCGCAAACUUAGCCGCUUUUCUGACUGUCAAGAGUUUCGCUGAGGGUAUCCAUUCGAUGGACGACCUGGCAAAACAGACGGAGGUGGUCUACGGCACAGUGAAAGACACAUCGAUAACCGAGUUCUUCAAGAACUCUCCGGUUGAUGUUCAUCAGCGCAUGUAUGCAUUUAUGACUACAACAGACGGCGCAUUGGUCGACACCGCAGAAGAAGCAUACAGCCGUGUUCAAUUACAAAAUAAAGGCCCGUAUGUGUUCAUCUGGGACGAGCCUAUUCUCGACUACGUCGCCUCUCGCAAUCCCUGCAAGAGUCAAGUGGUGGGAAGGGCGUUUAACUCUCAGGGUUACGGAUUGGCGUUGCCUCUCAACAUGCCCUACCAACUCAACUUCUCUCUCGCCAUACUGAAGCUGAGAGAGUCGGGACUGAUCGACGGGCUUAAGGACAAAUGGCUCCAGGCGGGUGACUGUGACACGUCGAGCAAUGCGAAGGAGCUUACCGACGCGGAGGAGGUGCGACUCAGCGAUCUAGUAGGAGUGUUCAUCAUUUUGGGAACGGCCAUCGUGCUGUCGAUAGUCCUGGCGUUUGUUGAAUGUUUGUGGUGGAAACGAAAGAAGGAAGCAGCCGUCAACGUCUCGGUCAAUGGAGAUGUCAACGUCUCGGUCAAUGGAGAUGUACAGAAGAUGAAGUAUUCCGCAAAGAAUGCAGCAACAAGAGACCAAGAAAGUUUGCGCGGCGACGACUGACGCUGGAAAACGGACGACAAUGUAAUCUUACAGGAUGUUGUGGGCAUGUAUAUAAACUGGGUCAACGUUCAAAGAUACCGGAGUACGCGGGAGACUGCAGACAGAAAGUUUAAUAUUUUUAUGCUGGUGUUGAUUGGAGCUUGUGCAUGCAUGGACAAGUAGAAUCGUUCUAUAUUUCAUGGUGCCAGUGGAUCAACUGCAGUCGAGCUGGUAUUGAGUAAUGCCAAGUUAACAUACACGUAUACUCUUCUAUACUUUCAAUAUAUACACGUGUCG